AUGUCUGGCAAGUUUGCGAGAAAUGGAACUGACACGUAUUCAUCGGGCGGAGGCAGUGGAUAUGUAGUUGAUCCUGGCCAGCCAGCAGUGGACUAUGGACCAUUUUCGUUCAAGACUCGUACUAAGUUUGUGUGUUCUAUAACAGGGAAAUGUGGGGUCCAUGACCUGCUUCUACAUGGAAGUGAUAAGUCUGAAUUCUUAUGGGCAGAAGAAAUUUUGGAAUCUUCCGACGAAGAAAAAUGCCAUCAGUAUUUUCGAAUGCAAACGUAUCAAUUUGACUAUUUGCUCGAUAAACUUGAAUCGAUAAUCAGUAAAAAAGACACAUUUUGGCGAAGUGCCAAACGAAGGCUAAUAUUGACUAUUCGAUAUUUGGCCACUGGUGCUUCUCAGUUGGAUCUUGCGCUUUCAUUCCGAAUUGGCCACUCAACUAUUGGGACAAUUCUCAGAGAAACAAUGUCUGCUCUGUGGAAAAAACUUGUUAAUGAAGUUAUGCCUCCACCUACUCCGGGGAAAUGGUUGGAGAUUGCUAAGGAAUUCAAUUUUAGAUGGCAAUGUCCAAAUUGCAUUGGUGCUCUUGAUGGAGAGCAUGUGCGAAUAAAAUGCCCUCCAAAUAGUGGCAGCGAAUUCUAUAAUUAUAAGGGUUACUUUUCAAUUGUUCUACUGGCUGUCUGUGAUGCGCAAUAUAGGUUUGUUAUUGUCGACAUUGGUAAUUCUGGUAGGCACAGUGAUGGUGGUGUUUUUUCAAACUCACGAUUGGGAAAAGGAUUCGAUCAAUCCAGCCUCAAUAUUCCUGGCCAGCAGACUCUGCCUGGCACUAGUGAAUCCAUCCCAUUAUAUUAUGAUGCUUUCCCAACCGUAGAUAACUUGCCUCAAGCCUGUAUAGAGCAAGAUACCUCAAUAGAGAGUUUGACUGAAAAUACUAGUGAAGGCGGAGAUGGUGAACAUUUUGAGAAAAAGCACCCAGCAGCUGGAGAAUACUAA